AUGGGCUGCGGAUCGUCACGUCUGAAGGGAGCAGAUAUACCCGACGUCAAUACCCAGACAACGACAAUUACACAAUCGCAGCCAAUCAAAAAAGUCAGGACCAACUUCUCGGACGUCGACUACGAUCAAGACGCUCGACAGCGGCGCCUCACGGAAUAUGCACCGCAUGAACAACCUCCUCCAGUGAGGGAGGAGAGUCGCGACUUUACCGCUGAACAGAGUUCUUACGAACAGUAUCAGCAAUACGACAAUCGACCUGAUCGCCCGGCUUAUGACACCGGCGGGUCGGCGACCUAUGCGAAUGACAGGACCAUGUCAGGCGCCAGCGGCCUGGACAGGGAUAACGAUGCAACUCUGAAACCCUACCAGACCAUAGAUGGGGGUGACUGGGAUAACCAAGACGACCAGCAGCGGAGGCAAUCGUCCUAUGCCAACGGCAUGCAGGACGGACAAGACCCGACUUCAGACUCAUCCAAGAACGAUUUCGCCUCGGCAAACGACCCGGCGAACCGCAACUAUCAAGAUGGCUCCCAGUCUGCCCAAAGGGAAAGCCGUACCCAAUCUCAAGCCGACGGGCACAACAACGCCGACGACCAGAACACGUCUCCGACCUCGUACAACACCAACCCGGACAUCCACGACGACGAUGGCGACCACAAGAAGUCGUGGUUCGGCCAGAAAUACGCGUCCUUCCAGUCCUCCAAGCGCGGGACGGGCCUCAGUGACGAGGACAUACUCAAGUACACGGGCAAGGACAGGAGCGAGCUGAACGAGUGGGCCCAGAACAGGGCCGGGGUCGGGGGCAACCAGGAAGCUGGGAGGAUCGGGUCGGACUCGGGCCUUGCGGCGGGUGCGCCUUGGAAUUAG